CACCUCCGCUGGCUCGAGCUCUGAUUGACAAUAAUGGCGACGCGUUCGUCUCGAGUUGCACCUCAAUAAAACAUUACUCGAGACCGUUUUUUCACAAAUUCGUUGAUAUUACCUGGGCUUAAAGGAUAUCGGUCAGAAAUUAUCUCCGAAUCUAUUUUGGCAAGGAAUUAUAAAGUUCUGCUGGUGGAAUUCUUGGGAAAGCACUAACAAAGGUCUCCACAUCCGUGGCGAAGUGGCUGCUGUUUACAGACGCGAGCGUGCAUUUGUUUCGGGCGUGAAGAACUGCGAUUAUUUCAUCUACAGCCAUUCAUUCAGCUAUUACACUGCAUUCAUUAAAAACCGGGACGCCUUGCUGAAACUGGCUCACUUGCACGGGCAGCUUGGGCUGCUUUUUGCAGAAGCUUUUCACGAACAGCAGCUCGCGCAGACAUUGUGAAUCGCGUCACGCAAAGUUGGACCAUCUGUUGAUCGCACAGCAAAGUUCGCAAACCUUUUUUACAUCUCGCGAUAAAAACGACGGUGUUUUUUUCUAAAUCGAAAGUUUUUGUUGCUAUUUUGCUAACGUCAAGUAACAGCUUACAACUUUAUUAGGGCUAGCUAUAAUAGCUGGUUAGCCUAGACUUGCUAACUGGCCUUUGCUAAAAACCAACCCUUAGAUCCUGGAACGUAACGCUUGCCAAAACUACCACACAAUUGUUUCCAGAAUAAAGGGUAAUUACAACCUAAAUUAGCUUUCUCUACUCCGUAAGAUAUAUUUCACUAAAACUACUUAACGUUACAUUUUGUUUGUUGCUAACUUGCACAGUUUUUAAUACUUCAGUUAAUAUAUAUCCAGUCUCCAGGAUAUCAAUAGACAAUUAAUUGUAUGACUUCAGAAAACUAGAUCCCUUUACUUGUCCGUACAGCUAAAUUGCCCUCCUUCACCUGCCGUUGACCCAGAUGCAAGUUAAGACAAGACGAAUCGGUUAAUUUAAAACCAAGUUUUCUGAGCUGGCUUGACGGCUAGCUAAAAGUAUAUCUUAUCGCAACAUUUGCUCGUAAAUGACCACCGGUAGGAAUAACCGAGUCAUGAUGGAAGGAGUUGGUGCUCGAGUUAUCCGCGGGCCUGACUGGAAGUGGGGAAAACAGGACGGAGGAGAAGGGCACCUCGGCACCGUCAGGAGUUUUGAGAGCCCGGAGGAAGUAGUGGUAGUGUGGGAUAACGGUACCGCCGCCAAUUACCGCUGCUCCGGGGCUUAUGACGUGAGGAUUCUCGACAGUGCGCCCACAGGAAUCAAGCAUGAUGGCACCAUGUGUGACACCUGUCGGCAGCAGCCCAUCAUUGGGAUCCGAUGGAAAUGUGCCGAGUGCACCAACUAUGACCUGUGCACCACCUGUUACCAUGGUGAUAAGCACCACCUGCGCCACAGGUUCUACCGCAUCACCACUCCUGGAAGUGAGAGAGUUCUUUUGGAAUCUCGACGCAAGUCAAAGAAGAUCACCGCCCGGGGCAUCUUUGCAGGAGGUCGGGUGGUGCGAGGGGUGGAUUGGCAGUGGGAGGAUCAGGAUGGAGGGAAUGGAAGAAGAGGGAAGGUGACGGAGAUCCAGGACUGGAGUGCUGCCAGCCCCCACAGCGCAGCCUACGUCCUCUGGGACAACGGGGCCAAGAACCUCUACCGAGUGGGAUUCGAGGGCAUGUCAGAUUUGAAGUGUGUGCAAGAUGCCAAAGGAGGCACUUUUUACAGGGACCACUGUCCAGUGUUGGGUGAGCAGAAUGGGAACAGGAAUCCAGGAGGCCUGCAGAUUGGAGACUUGGUCAACAUCGAUUUGGACCUGGAAAUCGUUCAGUCGCUGCAGCAUGGGCACGGAGGCUGGACUGAUGGCAUGUUCGAAACACUCACCACCACAGGCACUGUGUGCGGCAUUGAUGAAGACCAUGACAUCGUUGUGCAGUAUCCGAGUGGAAACAGGUGGACAUUUAACCCAGCGGUGCUCACAAAAGCAAACGUUGUACGUAGUGGAGAAGUGGCGGCUGGUGCUGAGGGAGGCAGCUCUCAGUUCAUGGUGGGAGACUUGGUCCAGAUCUGCUAUGACAUUGACCGCAUCAAACUACUCCAGAGAGGACAUGGAGAGUGGGCUGAAGCAAUGCUGCCAACCCUUGGGAAGGUGGGAAGAGUGCAACAGAUUUACUCUGACAGUGACCUCAAAGUCGAGGUUUGCGGGACAUCCUGGACAUACAAUCCAGCCGCUGUCACUAAAGUGGCUCCCGGUGGAUCUGCUGUUACUAAUGCCUCUGGAGCAGUGUUGACAGAGAGUCCUUCUAUGCCUGCAGAGCGCCUGUCUCAGCUCCUCAAGAAGCUUUUUGAGACACAGGAGUCUGGAGACAUUAAUGAAGAGCUGGUGAAGGCCGCGGCCAAUGGUGACCUAGCCAAAGUAGAGGACAUCCUGAAGAGACCUGAUGUAGACGUGAACGGGCAGUGUGCAGGACAUACUGCCAUGCAGGCAGCCAGCCAAAAUGGCCAUGUGGACGUCCUCAAACUGCUGCUGAAACACAAUGUGGACCUGGAGGCUGAGGAUAAGGAUGGAGACCGAGCUGUCCAUCAUGCAUCCUUCGGGGAUGAGGGUUCUGUCAUCGAGGUGCUCCAUCGAGGCGGGGCUGACCUGAAUGCCAGAAACAAACGCAGACAGACGCCUCUGCACAUCGCUGUCAACAAGGGCCAUCUACAGGUGGUGAAGACUUUGCUUGACUUUGGCUGCCACCCAAGUCUGCAGGACUCAGAGGGGGACACACCUCUGCAUGAUGCCAUCAGCAAGAAGAGGGAUGACAUGCUCUCUGUGCUCCAGGAAGCAGGUGCAGAUGUCACCAUUACCAACAAUAAUGGAUUCAACGCACUUCACCAUGCAGCUCUGCGAGGGAACCCCAGUGCCAUGCGUGUGCUGCUCUCCAAACUGCCACGACCAUGGAUAGUGGAUGAGAAAAAGGAUGAUGGUUACACCGCACUUCACCUGGCUGCCCUCAACAACCACGUGGAGGUGGCAGAGCUCCUAGUCCACCAGGGAAGUGCCAAUUUGGACAUACAGAACGUUAACCAGCAGACGGCACUGCACCUUGCUGUAGAACGUCAGCACACACAGAUAGUGCGACUCUUGGUGCGAGCUGAGGCAAAGUUGGACGUGCAAGACAAGGACGGAGACACACCACUGCACGAGGCCCUGCGUCACCACACUCUGUCCCAGCUCCGCCAACUUCAGGACAUGCAGGACGUCAGCAAAGUUGAGCCCUGGGAGCCCUCCAAAAAUACAUUAAUUAUGGGAUUGGGCACUCAAGGGGCUGAGAAGAAGAGUGCAGCUUCUAUUGCUUGCUUCCUGGCGGCCAAUGGAGCUGAGCUCACCAUCCGUAACAAGAAGGGCCAGUCUCCUCUGGACCUGUGCCCCGACCCCAGCCUCUGCAAGGCCCUUGCUAAAUGCCACAAAGACAAGACUAGUGGGCAGGUUGGCUCCCGUAGCCCGUCUCUAAACAGUAAUAAUGAGACUCUUGAGGAAUGCAUGGUGUGCUCGGAUAUGAAAAGGGACACGCUUUUUGGUCCCUGCGGUCAUAUAUCUACCUGCUCUCUCUGCUCGCCUCGUGUCAAGAAGUGUCUCAUUUGUAAGGAACAGGUCCAGUCCAGAACCAAGAUUGAGGAGUGUGUGGUUUGCUCUGAUAAAAAGGCAGCAGUGCUUUUCCAACCCUGUGGUCACAUGUGCGCCUGUGAGAACUGUGCCAGCCUGAUGAAAAAGUGUGUACAGUGUCGGGCCGUGGUGGAGCGCCGCACUCCUUUUGUUAUGUGCUGUGGAGGGAAAGGUAUGGAGGAUGCCACUGAUGAUGAGGACCUUAAAUAUGCCACAGACCAGACUGGAUUGACCCCCAAGCCAACAGCAGGGGUGCAUGCAUUACAUAACAAUGUGACUGGUUGCUUCUCAGCAGGGAGCUCUAACUCUGUGGCAGGGGGGUCGCAGGAUCUUCUCCAGCCCAACAAUCUGGCACUAAGUUGGUCCAGCGGAAAUAUCCCUGCCAUGCAGCGGGAUAAAGACAACACUAAUGUCAAUGCAGAUGUACAGAAGCUACAGCAGCAGCUGCAGGAUAUCAAAGAGCAGACUAUGUGCCCCGUGUGUCUGGAUCGCAUAAAGAAUAUGAUCUUCAUGUGCGGUCAUGGCACUUGUCAGCUCUGUGGAGACAGAAUGAGCGAGUGCCCCAUUUGCCGCAAGGCCAUCGAACGUCGCAUCCUACUUUACUAGAGCGCCGGGCCAUGGCAACAUCCUUGUUUUCCAGCCACAGAGUGUGCUGCUGCUCUCAUAAGCACCUUUCCUGUAUCCGCAAGGCUCUCUGUGUCCACGCUAAGCUAAGAUUCAUCAGUGUUAUAUCAUCUUUAUUUGAUCUUUUAGGCUCGAUAUUUGUUCAGUUAACUUCAGUUUUCUUGGAUUAUGUUCAACAAGAAGAGGAAGAAUCUUGCUUAACUACUACAUCUUGGCGUUUUGUUCAUGCAAGUGCCCACUUUUUUCUGCCUCAAGCAGUUCAGCAACACCUGUAAGACAUGAACUGGCACAGUCAGGGUCUGCUAAUGUUUCAUCUUUUAUUAUGUCAGUGUAUUAUGCUCAUAUAUCCUGAUGCAAACAGUUGUGUCUACAGUUAUGAUACAGCAUGGUGAGAUGUAGAACAUGACCGAACUCUGUCCCACUAAAUCUUUGGAAAUUUGUUUUAAAAUCUGAUUCUGUGUGAAGUAGCAUUCAGUUUUAAAUGUUCAAGUGUAAAUGUAAAGCAUCUGCAUUUACUGGCAGAAGAAAGUUUGUCGUGCUCAACGAGUGAAAUAAAAAAUUCACCUUUUAGCAGUACUGUUAGUAUAACGUUGCAUGUUCCUCUCUUGAAUUGCUGAUGUACUACAUACAGUAUGUACACUGAGUAUUAUUGUGACACCCAUGUUGAUCGGCUCGUCAUCUGAUCAAUGCAGAUGCAAAUGAUCCUUGUCUUUAAAAGGAUAUUCAUUUAUUAUACAACCAACAUUAUUGGAUUGUUCUCCAGCAGUCCUACUUUUACUUUAUGCACCAUAUUGUCUUGCCAGAUAUUUAAUGCAAAAAAUAUCUGAAUAGAAAUUGCUGGUCUUGUGCCAUUCUUCCAAGAACAUGAAAACAUUUCAUUACCUUUUGGGAAAAAGGUGCUGUUUAUCUUUACCAUACUAGUUAAUUUAUGUAUUUUGUCCUUUUUCUUCUAAAUUUGAAAGAAUUGGAAUGCACCUGUUAGCUGUAGUUGUUAAAUGGGGCCUUGCUCAUGAACACCUGACCAAAAAUAAUUUGCAGUUGAGGACUGUUCAUCAAAAUAGUCUUACGUGAGCAAUUUGACAAUUUUUUUUCUUUUUUUUUUUUUUUCUGUAGCCCGUUCCCAUCAUGGAGGAGGUCUAAAGUUACAUCUACAGUUGUUUCAUUUCAGUGUGACUCAACAUUUUUACUGGAAGCAAAAGUAGUUUCAUACUUUACCUUUUAAAGAUUUGUAUCUCACAUAUUUUAUGGUCUUUCUUUUCCAGUAUUAGUCUUCUUGUGAUCAUUUUAGCAUUAAAAACUAGAUGCACUAAUAUACCUUAAUGGUAGACUUGUAUUGUCAUGGUUACUCAAACAGUCUGUUUUGUACCUUAUUUUCAGUAUGCAAAGAACUGCCCUGGUUUAAGAAACACAUUUUUUUCUUUUGUUAUUGAAUAAAUGUUUAAUGUAUGAUGUGCAACGUUUAUCAUAGGAGAAAUUCUUUUUGCCCUGUAUUGCAAUUUGCUUUGAAAAUGCAUUGCCGAAUAAAGAUCUUACAAAAUGGA